AGCAUUACACACAUAGACAAUGACAACACAAUUAAAUAAAAAGAACAACCUAGGCAUACUUCAAGCAAUAAAAUAUAAAAAUACAAUAUAAACAUAUUAACAUUUACACACAUGAUUUGGUUGUAUCCUGACUUCAAGAGUUGGUGUGGCUCAGGGUAUGUUUUUUUUUAUAUAUCUUAAAUUAUUUGCAUGAAAAAAAAAGUCUGGAUUUGAUAGGAAACGUUUGUACAGAGUUGAUAUUACAGGAUGGCAGCCAUGCUGAAAACAGCUCGCAGGCUGCUGCUGCUGAACUGGAAGUCCCUCCCCGGAAAAAGCAUGGGGCAGAUCUGGAGGAAGGCGACGCUACUGCCUGCUGCUGAUGGUUCGUGUCUCACUGAGGAGGAGAGAAGUUUGAGCCUCUCAGAUGUUACAGCCCGCUCAGGAGGAUGGAGGGACGGCAGGAUAACGACCACCACACCGAUCUGUCGAGGUGAGACUACAAAUCACACCGGAAGUGGAUGUUUUCACCUCGGAGCUGCAACAGAACUAUCACACUGAGGCAUCAACCACACGAGGCUCCAGGCUCGCAACUUUUCUUCUUUUUAUCGCACCUGGAAAGCAAAAAAAGAUCGACGGUUCAGUUUGUGAAGACGUCGUUAUUUUCCCGCGCGGGGUUUAAUCCAGAUUGGUGCGCUGGAGGAUUUUAAAUAUCUGCUGCUGCGAUGAGCGCCGCAGAAACCCCAGACACCGACUCCAACAAGCUGGAGUCUGUGAUCCAGAGGCUGGAGGAGAGUGUUUUGUCUGAGGAGAAGAGGCUGACCGUGCGGGGCCCUUCACCAGAUGCUCCCCCUACAUGUCUGCCAGCACGAGUGAGAGAGAUUGUCACAAAGAACCUCAACGAUAGCUCAGCCGGGGCCAUGUCCUCCGUCAUGUCCCUUCAGGAGGAGAACCGGGUGCUGCAGGGAGAGCUGGCGAGGCUGGAGGACCUGCUGGCACACAGCAGGGCUGACCGAGACGAGCUCGCCAUCAAGUAUGGCGCAAUAAGUGAGAGGCUGGAGCAGGCGUUGCGUUUUGAGACGGGGGACGGGGAUCAUGAUUCGCCGGAGUCACGGAGCCUGGCGCAGCAGAACGUUGACCUACGGCGGCGGCUGGAUGAGGAGCAGGCGGCAUAUAAGCGUAAACUCACUGCGUACCAGGAGGGGCAGCAGAGGCAGGCGCAGCUGGUGCAGAAGUUGCAGGCCAAGGUUCUUCAGUACAAAAAGAGGUGUGGGGAUCUGGAGCAGAUGGUGCAGGAUCGGUCCUCAGAGCUGGAGAAGCACAGAUUGAGUAGCCACAGUGAAUCAUCAAAUGGUCGUCAUCAAGACGAAUCAAGCAGCAACCUGGAGGACGCUUUAAUCCGUCUGGAGGAGGAACAGCAGAGGAGCAGCAGUUUGUCUGCAGUGAACGCCAUGCUGAGAGAGCAGCUGGAGCAGGCCGGUUUGGCCAAUGAGGCUCUCAGUCAGGACAUCCGCAGGCUCACUGCUGACUGGACGAAGGCCAGGGAGGAACUGGAACAAAAGGAGUCUGACUGGAGGAGAGAGGAGGAGUCUUUCCACAGUUACUUCAGCACUGAACACAGUCGGCUGCUGAUGCUGUGGCGACAAGUGGUCGGGUUUCGGAGGCAUGUCUGUGAACUGAAGAGCUCCACUGAAAGGGACUUGUCAGAUAUGCGUAACGAGCUGGCUCGGGCGUCCCACUCUGCUCAGGUGUCCUGUGCAGGUCUGACUGCCACCCUGCACACCCGGGAGGGAGGAGCCGCUCUGACCCUGGAGCGGGAGAAAGCUCUGCGGGUUCAGCUGGAGCAGCAGCUGAGAGAACGAGUGUCAGAGAUGAUGAAUCUCCAGACCAGAACAGAUGCAGAGAGAAGUGAGCUCAACGUCAGGUUGUCCGAUUCAGUGCGAGAGGCUGAGAAACUGAAGGGCCAAAUCGAAGAGAAAGACAGAGAACUUGCCGUACUGAUGAGGAGGCUUGAGGAGCAGACUGGAAACGAUGAGACGGACAUGCAGGUGAUGAGAACUCACUCGGAGACACUGUUGGACACCCUGCGAGACAUAGCUCAGACUGUUAUGGCGGAUGGAGAGUCGUCAUCAGAGGCCGACCAGGACAACUCUGGAGCUCCGCUGCUGGCUUUAAUCCGAGGCUUCUCCCCUCACCGCUCCUCCUCCUCCCCUCGCAGGUCGUCCUCCCCGUCUCGACCCUCCUCCUCGCUCGCUCCUCUCCCUGAGGCAGCGCUGUCAGCUCUGCGCUCUGCAGUCACAAACAAAACACUCCAGCUGCAGGAUGUUCGAGGGCGUCUGCUCUCUGCCCAGUCCUCGCUUCAACAGUUGCGCAAGCAGCUUUCAGAGACUGAUUCAGCUAAAAAAGAUGCCGAACAGCGAAGCCAAGCUCUGCAGAGAGAGAGGGAUGCUGCUCAGAGAGAGAGGGAGACCACGCAGAGGGAAAAGGAUCGUCUGAAGCAGGAGAGAGACACGCUGGCCAGUGAGAAGGUGAGCUUGGAGAAGACCGCGCAGGAAGCUCAGAGCAGCAACCAGAUCCUGCAGAUGGAUUGUGAGAAGCUGCAGCUGACCGUGGCGUCCACGCUGCGAGAGCGAGAUCAUGAGAGGGAGGAGAAGGAGGCCGCAAUCCAGGAGAGAGAGCGGGCGAAGGCUGAGACUCAGAGGAUGCAGAAGCAGUGGGAUCAGAGUGAGAAUCGAGCCUCGGCUCAGCGUGGAGAGCUGUCUGCAGUGAGGGAGACUCACCAGCAGGGGGAGGUUGAGCGGCAGCUGCUGGAGCGAGAGAAAGCCCAACUCUCUGAAGCGCUGGCCCGGGCUGAAGGCAGUAACGCAGAGCUCUCUCUGCUGCUCAACAAGCUGCACUCUGAGGAUGCGGCUCUCAGGGACUCUCUGGCCAAGAUGGGAAGCAUGAAUGAGGGACUGGCCCAGGACAAAACUGACCUGAACAGCUACAUUCUCCAGCUGGAGGAAGAGAAGACCCUCCUGCAGUCUCAGAAACGAGAGGCGGAGCAAGAGAAAUUGACCAUCAGAGAUGAGCUGGUCCGGUUGGAGCAGGACCGGCUGGAGCUGGACUCUGCCCGCAUCACGCUGCACCAGUCACUGCAGGACUCCGAGCUAAGCCGGGUGGGGAUGGAGGCAGAGCUCCAGAGUCUCAGGGCUGACAGAUUUAAGCUGCAGGAGAAAGUCACCCAGCUUUGUGGCGAGGUGACCUCUCUGGGAUCCGAGUUGAGUCUUGUCAGAGGAGAGGGUCAGAGGAACGAGGUGGCUCUAGAAGAAGUCGGUCGCAGUCGGUCAGAACUGGCUCGAGACAAAGCGGCGCUAGUGGUGCAGCUGACGGCGUCCGAGAGAGAAAACACAGUUCUGUCAGAGGAACUGGCCGCCUUCAGGUCGGAGCGGGAGUCUCUGGAAACCAGUCUGUUCGAGGUGCAGCAGCAGCUCGUUCAGGCAGAGUCUCGCAGGGAGCAGCUGGACGCGGAAAACCAAAACCUUCGAGUCCGCUGUGAGACUGCAGCAGCUGAACUGAGGCGUGUACGCUCGGAUGAGGAGAAUGUGUUGGCCCAGGCUGAGAGGGAGAAACAGGCUCUGACUCAGACUCUAAAUGCUGCACAGCUGGAGGCCCAGCAGGCUUUACGCAAGUCCAUCUCCGAACAUCAGGAGGAGGUGGAGACGCUGGUCUCAGAGAAGGAAGUGGUGCGGCACAGCCUGCUGAUGGAGCAUGAGGUGGCUGUGAGGAGGCUCCGGCAGGAGGCGGAGGAUCAGCUCCACAGAGCAGAGAGAGAAAGAGAGGAGCUGCAGGAGGAACUAAGGAGUCUUCAGCAUGACAGAGACCAGAGCCUGCUGCAGGCUGAGACUGAGAAACAACAGGCUCUCUCUCUGAAGGAGGCAGAGAAAACAGUUUUGUCCGACAGGGUGUCCACGCUGCAGGCCGAGCUGUCGGCUGCGGCCCUGGAGGCCGAGCGGAUGUCAAGAGAAGCAGCUCAUUACAAAGAGCAGGAACAGAUCAGAGUCGUGGCUUUGACCAGCGAGCUGCUGGAGCUUCGCUCUCAGCUGGAAGAUGCAGUUUCUGUUCAUGAAAGGGAACUCCAGAGUUUACAGAAGACGAGUGCUGACCUUCAGUCCCGCGCUGAUGUUGCUCUUAAAGAGCUGGACCAGUGCAGAGCUUCUCUCUCAGCCAGCGAGGAGGCUCGAGACCAGCUGCGGCGGGACCUGUUGGACAGUGAGCGACGUCUCAGCCAAACUCAGGACGCAACAGAAAACAACAGAAGAGAGGGGAUGGAGCUGCGGCGCAGCCUGGGUGACGUCACCAAAGAGAGAGACACUCUGAGCCAGUCCAACACUCAGCUGAGAGAAACUCUGCGAAGUGCCGAAACAGAGAGAAUCAGCGUGAAACGACAGUGUGAGGAGAAGGAGCAGAGGCUGGCUGUUCUGGAGGAGAAUCUCUCGUCCAAUCAGAAGGAGGUGACGGAGCUGCGGAGCUGCCUGAGAGAAGUUGAAAGGUCAAGACUCGAAGCUCGGCGAGAACUCCAGGAGCUCCGCAGACAGCUGAAGGUUCUGGAUGGAGAGAAGGAGCAGAGAGGGAUGGAGGUGGCCGAGCUGCAGACUCGCCUCGCGCUGGAGGAGCAAAGAGAGGAGGAGAGAGGGAAAGAGGUUUUCACCUUCAAACAGAAGUUAACGGAGUCUGAAACAGCUCGAGACUCCCUCAAGAAAGAGCUCUCUGCAACUCAGAGGCGUCUGCUGGAGUCCGAGUCGGGCUGGCGGGGCUGUGAGAGAGAACUGACCGCUCAGCUGCAGGAGGCGCGCGGCUGCGAGAAGAAGCUGCAGGAUGAAGCCAAGAACCUGGCCCUGCGCACUCAGGCGGCUCAGGACUCUGCCGCUCAGUCCAGCCUGCAGCUCAGCGAGGCCCAGGGCCGACUCGCCGCCACGGAGGCGGAGCUGACCCGGGCCGAGGCCGGUAGGAGGGACCUGGAGUUUCGUCUGAGCAGCCUCCAGUCAGCGCUGACUCGGACCCUGGGCAUCGGAGCAGGCGGCAGGGGAGGCAGGGGGAGGAGCCCGGGGGGGAGCUCCACAUCACCAGGCAGUAUGUCACGCCACCACAGCAUCUCUCCCUUGCGCUCCUCGCUGUCGCCUCCUAAAGAAUUUCGUGUUAGCACCCCUGACAAUACUUUGGGCUCAGCGUCCCCUGAGAGAGGGGACACGCCGCUGCCUCUCUCUCAGCCUGAGCUGGACCCCGACUCACUGCGACGUGAUCUGAGAGACUUCCUCCAGGAGCUGCGUGAGGCACAGAGAGAGAGGGAUGAUGCUCUGUGCCAGCUGGGGGCCCUGCAGCGGCAGCAGGAGGAGCUGAAGGGGGAACGAGACUGCGCUCUGACUCGCCUCACUCACCUACAGAACACCUUACAGGAAUACCAAGAAGGGAAGCGUGGAGUGGACGAGCGUCUGACCACCACGCAGAUUCUGCUCCAGCAGCAGGAGGAGGUGGUGCGCAGAGGAGACAGAGAGAGGAGAGCGCUCACCGACCGGGUGAAGGAUUUGGAGCGAGCGCUGCAGACCUCUGAGAUGGAUAAAAAACACACACAGGAUCAGUUGAAUAAGCAGCGUGCUGCUGAGAUGCGUCUGGAGGCGGAGAGGAGGCGUCUGCGGGAGGCGCUGGAGGCAGCUGAAGCCCGGGCCACCAGGGUGGAGCUGGGGAGGCGCAGUCUGGAGGGGGAGCUGCAGAGAAUCAAACUGAGUGUGGGAGACCGGGAGGCUGACAGCCAGGCGUCCCAGGAGCGCCACGACUCUCUACUGAAACAGGUGGCAGAAGGAGAAGCCCGCGUGUCUCUGCUGCAGAGAGAGGUGGAGAGGCUGAGCCAGGCUCUGCUCAAAGCUCAGGAAAGUGAAUCUUUACUCAAGGAGAAGACCUCUUCCCUCAAAAAGAGCCUCCAGGAGGCAGCUACUUCUCACAGCAGCACACACAGUCGUCUGAUCACUCUGCAGAAGACGCUGAGUGUGGCCGAACAGGACAAAAAGCUUCUACAGGAACAAAUGGAUGAAGCCCGGGUGUCAUUACUGGAGGGGAAAAGGAAUAUGGUCACCCUCACUGAGCGCGUGCAAAGCCUGCAGAGUGAGCUGGACCAGAGCGAGCUGAGGCGAGAGGAGGUGGAGGCUGAGCUCAACAACACUCAGGAAUCUCUGCGUCAGCGCUCGGCCAGCCUCACAGAGACUCAGCGCGUCGCCCAGUCAGCUCAGGUAGAGCGCACUGCUGUCGAGGAGCGACUGCGUGGGCUGCAGCGAGCGGUCGCCAUGCUGGAGACGGAGAAAAAGGACGCUGAGAGACAGGCUGUGAGGCUGGAGAAAGACAAAGAUGCACUGAGGAACACACUGGAUAAGGUUGAACGUCAGAAGCUGAAGACGGAGGAAGGCAGCAUGCGUCUGUCUGCAGAGAGAAGCCGCUUGGAUCGCUCUCUGAACACCACUGAACAGGAGCUGCAGGAAGCUCAGCAGCAGAUCCUGAUGUUGCAGACUCAGCUGGCUGAGACAGAGCAGUCACACAGUCUGUGUGAGAGUUUGGCGAGGCAGCGUGACGAGGCCCAGCGAGAGGCGGAGCGGCUGAGGACCAGCUUCAGGGACGUGGAGCGGACGCUGGGCACCAGAGAGCGAGCUCACAGACACAGAGUCAAAGGCCUGGAGGAGCAGGUGUCCACCCUGAAGGAGCAGCUGCAACAAGAGAUGAAACGGCGACAGCCUUCUCUUCCGUCCUCCCUGCUGUCGGCAGGAAAAUGAAUUGCAGCUUGACAAUAGGAAGCACCAGCACACAUCACGUCUGAUCCAGGGAAAAUCCACUCACCAUAAAUGUCUGAAAGCAAUAUUUACUCACAGAAACUUUCCUAAAAGUAUUCUUACUCUAACUCUACUGUUUAAAAUACGAGUUGUUUUUAUGUUGUGACACUGAGAUGAACACUACUGUCAUUUUGAUGCCGUUUUAUUGAUGUUUUGUACGACACUUAGCCAUUGACAUGCAAGGGGACGGAGACUCGGCAGCUGUGCUGAAAAGGCCAGCAGCCUGCUGAUUACUGGCAAACAUCUGUACUUGAUCCUUGCUCAACAUCUUCCCAAACUUCCUGCUCCUAUUCAAGAAGAAAACCCAAAUCACCGAGAGGAUUCUCCUCCAGACAGAAUCUGGAUGUAGCGCAGGAACGAAAAGUCUGCCAGUUGUGCAGUUUGGCUUCGACUCGUCCACAGUUACAUUCACAGACGAGGACACUCAGAGGAAGGUCUUCACUGAGGCAGAGCGCCAGGAAACAAACAGACUGAGCACAAUGAAGGGGCUGCACUGUAUUUUCUCUCAGAAACAGACACAGAUUUUACUGAUUAUGUGAUAAUAGAGACACUUUUAUAACUGAAGAGACCAAAAGGCACUGCACUAUGAUGGUUUACUUACAGUACAGUAUGUGUUUUUAUUGGUUAAAUGAAUACUUCAGCCUUAAAAUUAUUAUUUGUACAUCAGUUAUUUACCUGGGAAUGUUACUUUUUUUUUUUGCAUGGCUCCUCUGUGAACAAUUAAUCUGAAAACUGAGUAAAUCUUUAAAGGAUUGGAAAUUGGUGGUUGCAUUAUACGACAGCAUAAUUAUAUCAAGCCAUCAUUCAUGCAGUAGAAUCCAAGUUUUAUUUAUCCAGUCGCAUGCUCUCUACUUCUCAAAAACUUUAAUUUAUGCUGAAAUUGUAUUAUUACUAAUAAUAUUAUUAACACUUACCACUACCUUCUUGACUCGUCCAGUGUGAGACGGUACUGACAGAGGGUUUUAUGAUAUUAAGAUUUCCUAACACUUUAUAUAAAGCCUAUGUCUAUAAUGCAUUAUACUUGCAUUAUAACCUGCUGACAGCACUGUCUAAUUAAAUAAUAAUGCUCUAUAACAAUAGUUAUAUCAUAAUACUAAUUAAAAACUGGUCACUCACUGACUUUGUUUUUGCAAAUCUCGAACCCUGUAAUGAUAUUUUAUUAUGCAUUAUGUCAUAAAGCAUUAAAACAGUGAAAGUAUGAACGUUACUUGACCCUACAAGUAAAAAUAAAAUGCUUUAUGUGUUAUGAUUAUUGCUUUUAUUCAUUAUGAAUAUUUAUAAUUAUACAGUGAUCUAAGCAUAUUAUAAUGCAUAAUGAGUGUUUCUAAUGCAGUAUAGAUGUGGGUGUCUUGGAAGAUUUGAGUGAAUAUUCAUGAGUUUAGGAAGAAAUGGCACACAACUGUAUAAAUGAGACUUGGAUUAUACUGCACAAGUUGUGUGGGAGAUUGUUAACGAUUGGGGUUAUUGCGUGCUGUUCUUAAACGUGGCCCUCAUUUUCCUAAUUUCUUCAAGAAUUCUCUCAAAUUUUCGGAUUCUAGCUUCAACAUGGAGGCAUGCAAGAGAAUUCAAGGUAACACAGGGUUAACACUUAAUAUACAAAUGGUGAUUUUAGGGGUAAAGUAUUGCUUUAAUAUUAGUGUUACUAGUUGUAUAUACUUUGUACUUACUGUAUAAACGCUGUCAGGCUUAUGAUUGAUAACAGCAAUAUGACUUGUAUGAACAAAACACAUGGAGGCCACAUGUCUGCAGGAGAAUAAACCUACUGUGUGCACCAUAA